CGCCCCGCUGCAGCAGCAUGUCGUCCAGCGCCCCGACCCAGAACCAGGAGCCGGGCCAGGAACCGGACCGGGAGCCGGGCCAGGAACCGGACCGGGAGCCGGACCAGAAGCCGGAGCAGGACCCGGGAGAUAAGAAGGAUGCGGCGCAGGAGGAGAAGACGGAGGAGGUGAAGGAGGAGAAAGCAGAGGAGGAGAAGAAGGAGCGGACGGAGGAGAAGAAGAAGGAGGUGAAGGAGGUGAAGGAGCCGGCCAUGGGCUUCAUCUACAACCGGAGGACCGGGGAGUUCCUGGGCCGAACCGCCAGCAGCUGGGGCCUCAUUCUGCUCUUCUACCUGGUGUUCUACGGCUUCCUGGCGGCCAUGUUCCUCCUCACCAUGUGGGUUAUGUUACUGACGCUGGACGACAACGUGCCGAAGCACCAGGACCGGGUCCCCAGUCCAGGUUUGGUGAUUCGACCUCAUGCUGCUGAAAUCAGCUUCAACCGAUCCAACCCAGCUGACUACAGCGGCUACGUCCAACAGCUACACCAGUUCCUACAGCCGUACGAGGACAGUCGUCAGGAGCAGAACGAGCUGUGUCUGGUUGGAGAGUACACCCUGCAGGACGGCGAGCCGCUGAAAAAGGCCUGCCAGUUCAAACGCAGCCUGCUGCGCUACUGCUCAGGACUGAGCGACACGUCGUUCGGCUACAGCGACGGAAAACCCUGCGUGCUGAUCAAAAUGAACCGGAUCAUCGGCCUGAAGCCUAUAGGAGAUCCAUACGUCAACUGCACCAGCAAGGGAAACGCGCCCCUCGAGAUGUUGUACUUCCCAUCUGAUGGUCGAAUUGACAAGAUGUUUUUCCCGUACUACGGAAAGAAAGCUCACCCGGACUACGUGCAGCCACUGGUUGCCGUCAAGCUGCUUCUGACAAAAGAAGACUACAACGUGGAGCAGACGGUGGAGUGUAAACUUGAGGGAUCAGACCUACGAAAUAAUGACGACCGGGACAAGUCUUUGGGUCGAGUCAUCUUCCGGGUCAAAGUGUUCCAGUAAUCCCGGGAACCGUGACCCUGAACACUGCCAACUGAGUUCACUGCCAAAUGGAAUGAAAAUGGACGCCAUUUACCCAGACCUGACCUGAUCCUGCAUGUCUGGUGACACUGCCAAACCCCUCACACCUCGUCCCGGUCCUUAACUGGUCCUGGUCCGCAACUGGUCCUGGUCCACAGCUGAUUCUGGUCUACAACUGGUCCUAGUUCAUAGUUGCACAGCAGAUCCCAGUUCAUUAUUAGUUCUGGUCAAAGACCUGAUCCUGCUUCAGAUGUGAUGUAUGUCCAGACCUCAUACUGGUCCAGACCUGGAUCACACCUGACUCUGCGCUGGAGACCAUUUGUAAGUGGUUCUGGUUUGGAUCUGGUUUUUCUGGGCUCAGGUGUGGAACUCUGUAGACCAGUAGCAGUUUCUGGUUCUGUGGACCUGGUUCAGACAGUUGGAGCAGAUCAGCUGAAGCAUGUGAGAAAGCAGAACUGUGACUUCCUGUUUGUAGACGUUGUUAGGACAAUAAAAGAUGUUAAUCCCGGUAGGAAAAAAAUCUCUAUGAGCCAUUGCGGGUAAUCAGAUUACUCUGCUCCCCACCACAUGUUGUACAGUUUUUAAGGUGAAUGUGGUUGUUUUCACUGUCGUGUGACUCUCCAUCAACCCCUCUCCCCGAUGAGUAUACCACCCGGACUGAAGGGGGCACUGCAGAGCCCUCACCCGGACUGAAGGGGGCGCUGCAGAACUCACUGGACUGGUGUCUCCUCAUAAAGCUGUCCCAGACCGUCCCAACUCAGACUGCAGUCCUGCUCCUGGUCCCCAGCCGGGUCCUGAUAGUGGUCUUGAUCCUGUUGUGAACCUGGUACUUUUUAUGGAUAUGGUCCUCAUCCUGGUUCUAUACCUGGUCCUGAUCCUUGUGCUGGUCUUGACCAAGGCCUGGGCUUGAUCCUUGCACUGGUCUGGACCCAGGUCCUGGUCCUCUGUUGUUUCUCACGCCACGUGUCACUUCCUGUC